GACGCAUCUGAUCUCCGGCAUCACCAAACUCCUCUCGCUCGCUCUACCUCCUGCGAAUUCUCUUGGAUUGGGGAGGGGGGAAUCCCGAUUCCUCCGAAUCCUGGUUCGAUUCGAGGAGCUAGGAGGAGGAUGAGCUCCGCGCAGGAUCCGUUCUACAUCGUCCGGGAGGAGAUCCAGGACUCGAUUGACAAGUUGCAAACUACUUUCCACCAGUGGGAGAAAAUACCUUCAAACACAGGAGAACAUGUUCAUUUGACAAAGGAGCUUCAUACCAGCUGUGAAAGCAUUGAGUGGCAGGUGGAUGAGUUGGAAAAGACAAUCUUAGUUGCAUCAAGAGAUCCUGCAUACUAUGGACUGGAUGAAGUUGAGCUUUCAAGACGACGGAACUGGAUUGGCUCUGCUCGUAAUCAGGUUGCUGCAGUCAGGAGAGGCGUUGAAAAAGGGAAGAGUAAUUCAGCUUUCUCGGCACACCAAGACAUGGGCACAAGCAGAAGUAACCACUACACUACACAAGACAAUGAUGAUUUCAUCACUUCGGAAUCAGAUAGACAGCAACUACUUAUGAGGCAGCAGGACGAGGAACUUGAUGAACUUAGUGAAAGUGUUCAAAGGAUAGGUGGUGUAGGACUAACCAUACACGAAGAGUUGUCUGGACAGGAAAGGAUCUUAAACGACCUAAGCUUGGAGAUGGAAACUACUUCAAACAGACUUGACUUUGUGCAGAAAAGAGUGGCGAUGGUCAUGAAAAAGGCUGGCAUUAAGGGGCAGAUUAUGCUGAUCCUCUUCCUUGUGGUUCUGUUCAUUGUACUUUUCGUGCUUGUGUUCUUGACGUAGCGCGGUAGUGUUCCAGUCCUCUCAGGUUUUGCUGCUCUACCUACCUACUGUAACUCUGUAAGUUGUGGAGACCAGAAACAAAUACACGAGUUGCCCAUCUUUUUAAUCCCUCUAUCCUUCAAGUCCUACCUGAUUGAUGACCUGAAUUCUUUUUGUUGCACAC